AUGUUUUUUGUGCAGAGUUCACAUGAGACUCUGGACAUAGUGGAGGAGAAGAAGCAGGCAGAGGUUGGGAUAGAAGAAACACUAGUCGUAGACGAAACCAACAGAGGGAAAAUGCAAGUUGCCACUGAUGCUGGGGAAACAUGUAAGGUGGAGCAUCUGUCAAAAAAGGACUCUUCAUCAUUGCCAUCAGAUAGUAGCAGCAGCAGCAGUAGUAGUGAGAGUGAGGAUGAAGAGGUGGGAGAAUACCAGCCACGUCAUAGGGCAAUUGAGGAAGUCAUCAGGGAAGAACAGGAAGAAGAGGAAGACGUGAAAAGGAAAGAACAUGAAGAAAAAAUACAGCAUGUGGAAGCCACGCCAGAAGGCAGUAAACCAAAUGUACCAGUUGAGCACACACAAGUUACAGCUGAAGAUUUGGUCCAGGAAAAUGCAGUUACCAUAGCUACAGAAGAGCAGAAUUUGUCAGAGGAAAUUAAGCAAGAUUUAGGUGAAGAAAAAGAGGAAGAACAGCUCAAACUCAAUGGAGAUGUGUCUCAUGUUGACAUUGAUGUUGCACCACAAAUAAUUUGUUGUUCUGAGCCUCCUGUAGUGAAAACAGAGAUGGUAACCAUUUCAGAUGCCACACAAAGAACUGAAAUAUCCACUAAAGAAGUUCCAAUUGUUCAAACAGAAACUAAAACUAUCACAUAUGAAUCUCCACAGUUUGAUGGCAGUGCUGCUGGCAAUGCUGGUGUGCUGCUGAGUGCACAGACAAUUACAUCAGAGUCAAUUUCUACUACCACAACUACACACAUCACAAAGAUGGUAAAAGGUGGGGUAUCAGAAACAAGAAUUGAGAAGCGCAUUGUCAUUACUGGAGAUGCAGAUAUUGACCAUGAUGAGGCCCUGGCACAGGCAAUCAGAGAAGCCAAAGAACAGCACCCUGACAUGUCUGUCACAAGAGUGGUAGUGCACAAAGAAACUGAACUUGCUGAGGAAGAUGAAGAGUAAAAUAAAAAAUGCCCUCAAGCAAAUACUUCAGAAGUACAAAUGAUACUGACCGUGAUCAUCACCAUGAAGAAGCGUAAUCAUUCCAAGUCAUCUCUACUCCACCAAAUUCACCAAGCCUAGUAAUGAUGACCAGAUGUUCAAGACUUAAAUGUCAAUACCAAACUCCGUUUUAACAUCUUUGGUCUAUAUUCCCUUACAAUCUUUCUUGUUUAUUUUUUAUAACCACUUCUUAACAAUCUUAGAUUUUUUUAAACAAAGUUUUAGAGGGUAUGAUCUUCUUUUGCACAAAUACUUGUAUUUUUGAAGGUGAUUCUUAAUUACAUGAAAGUGGACAAAAAAGAAGUCUGGAAAGCAUUGUUCACUGGAGCAGGUGGUAGUUGUGCAAGAAGGGGGAUCUUAACUAAUUUAGAUAUAGCUUUUUCCAAAUAUUUCAAAUGAAAUCUCCUACUGGAGUAAUUUACAGAUUUUUUUUUUUUUUUGCAGAUUAUUCAGGUAAAUAUAUGGUAUCACAUUAACAAAGAUUUUUAUAAAAAUACAGCAUUUCCUAAAAUUUGAAAAAAUAUAUUUCUUUGGAUAAAUUUUAUACUGAUAUCUCUGUAACUCUUUCUGUUCUAAGGUUCUCCUCUCUGUGGAGCAGAGAUGGUAUGGCAGUCUGUAGAGGAGAAGGAGUUGCAAACACAUUUCUUCUGACUGAGCACUGUGUUCUUUUUGCACUUUGGUGCCAAUGCUCAACUUUUUGCAGGCGUUUUGCUGUCUGCAGCAUUCCAGAUAAGGAAAGAAGGAAGAACUAAGUAUCUUUCUCUUCUUCCAACAAGAGAUGAUCUAGGCAGCUUAAAACCUUAGUGCUUUUUUUCUUACUGUGUCCAAACUUCAACACUUCCAUUAUUUGAAUACAUGUGUAGAAUGCUUGCUUUCUAUUAAACCUUACUGUCUCCAUGUUACAACUGACAUUUUUGUUAUUGAGAAGGUAUACCUUUCAGAUGCUUCAUCUAACAGCUAAUGCAGGUUUUUAGGAUACUGAGUAAAAGUGUACGAUGGACUUCAUUCAUUAAGUAAUAAGACAGUACCAUCAUUUGAGACUGCCAUUGAGAAAGCCUGUUAAUUAUUUUGGAUUUUAUUUUUAUUUUGUUCUUGCAGGGGGGUUGGUUGUUUGGGGGUUUUUUUUUGGCUGUUCACUCUGUGUAUAGUUAAAAUGCCAAAUUAGAUUUAUAGCAGCUUGAAGUUGUAUUAAGUGAUAUUUUGCUUUCUGUAAUUCUGUUAUAAAAUAAAGUUGUUUAUUCUCUGUA